AUGGAUCUUUCUUUGGUUUAUGUGGCAAGUAUUAAUGAUUCUGAACCUGAUUUCGGCGUUUCAUGUCUACAUGGUCCUGAGGAGUGCGCAGGAAACGUUCAACAAUUAUGUGUAAACAAAUAUGCGCCUUUCUCGAACUGGUGGGAAUUCGUAAAAUGCCAAAAUUUCCAAGGAAGAUAUAAUAUUGGAACACCAGAAGUUGCUUUAAAAUGUGCCACUACAGCCGGAAUCGAUUGGCAAAUGAGUGGCGCUGGGGAAUGCGCAGGUCUCGAUGGAAGCGGAAAGGCACUUGAAGGAGUGGACUUGUUGCGCAAAAGUACUCUUCUUGGAAAAGAGCUGAAAAUCACGAAAAGCUGCACGGUACUUAUCAGUGGUCGUGCUGUAUGCGUACAUGACGGCACCUGGAAAGAUUGCGAGAAUGGCCACACAAUCAGCGAUUUCGUCCGGCAGAUAGAAGAUGAAUAUAAGAAAUUGAACAAGUAA